AUGUUCGCCCGCACCUUCCGCGCCGCCGCGCCCAGCGCCAGCCGCGCCUUCAGCACCACGCCCCGCGCGUCGCUCGCGCGCAUGUCCAUCGUCGGCCGUCUGGGCGUCGCGCCCGAGGAAGUCACCGUGUCCGGCGACCGCACGCUCGUGCGCUACGUGAUUGGCACCUCGUACGGCAAGGGCGACAAGGAGAAGACGAGCUGGUUCCGUGUGGCUAGCUUCGUCGAGGGCAAGCAGAAGGAGUACCUCCUGAGCGUGCCCAAGGGGAGUUUGCUGUAUGUGGAUGCGGAUGCGCGGAUGGAUAGUUAUACCGAUGCCGAGGGGAACAAGAGGAGUAAUUUGAGCUUGAUUGCGCGCAACUUCGAUGUCAUUUCCAAGCCGAGGAACGAGGGUGUCGAUGUCAACGAGGAGGGCCUCGUCCAGGAACACGGCUCUGGUUAA